AUGACCGGUCAAGGAAGAGACGAAGUCCCUGAAAGGGCAGAGGAGCGCAGAUCUCCUUCUAGAGAGCGCAUGCGUGAGAUGUCACAGGAUGGAGAAGGGGGGGGCCCCAGGGGCCCCUCAGGGGAGCGCAGCCCCCCACCGCGAAGAUCUCCUUCUGGAAGCCGCCGCAGCAGAAGCCCGCAAAGAACGGACAGGAGGAGCCGAUCCUCACGCGGCAGCAGGAGCAGAAGCCACAGCGGAGGCCGCGGGGGGCGUUACAACGGGAGAGCAUACUAUGGUGAUGAAAGGGUGACGCACGUUAUGGAGAUUCAAGAUGAUGAUGCUUCAUUCAUCUUGGGAGCUGGAGGCCGCACAAAAAGGAAGCUCAGCCACGUGUGUGGGGCUGAGUUGAAUAUAGAGGAACGCAACGGGAGGACUGUAUUGGAGAUGCGGGGAACAGAAGACACUAUAAAAAGAGCGAAGCUGUACGUUGGCUUUGUUAUGCAGCAACGCGUGGGGCCCGUGCAGCUUCCGCCAGAUGCAGAAAGCCGAGAUGACCUCACCAUCAUCGAUGUGCCGCACGAGUGCGUGGGUUACGUGACUGGGCGUAAAGGUGCGGGAUUGAGGAGCGUUGAAGAGGAGUGGAAUACGUUGAUGUUCUUCACAGAUUUGCGCUCAGAGAAAGCAGGGCAAACAGAACGCCUCGCCAUAUUUGGUAGCCAGCGCGCUCGGCGUGGGAGCGAGUUGAAGGUGAUGUCAGCAGUGGAGCAGAAAAUGCCGGGGUAUUUCACCGAUAAUAUUUCCGAGGGCUGCAGCUCAAAUGAGGGAUUUGAUACGGAUUAUGUGGCGAUAGCGGAGAAAGAUUACUCUUAUGCACUAGGCCAGCGUGGUAGCACUCGUAAGAAGUUGGCGAGGGCUUCCGGUGCUAUAUUGGAGUAUGUGGGUCGCAUCGCCUUUGUUGCGGGGACUUUACCCGAACGCAUGCGAGCGAAGCAAUAUCUGCAGUGGCUUUGCAUGCAAAGAACUUCGUUUGUGCAUGUUGACACCGCCGGACGAGAUGACUGCGAGGUGGUGCAUUUGCCGCUGGAUGCGGUGGCGUACGUGACGGGUUCGAAGGGGAGUAAUUUGCGAAGAGUAGAGGAGGAGACAGGGACCUUCAUAUUUCUUGAUGGGGCUCGAGGAGGGGGGGAAGAGAGACUGCUUAUUUUUUGCUAUGACCCUGAAGCAAGACGCCGCGCUCGCAUGCGCAUUGAAGACAGGAUCGAUGAAAAACUCUCAGGGAGAGCGAGGUAUGCAUGCAUGAAGAUGAUAAGCCCUUAUAUCAUGGAGGCGGUGGGCGCUACCGGUCUCCUUCUCCUCGUCGUGGUGACUACGGUGGCUACGGCCGCUACGAUGAUCGCGGUGGUGGUGGUUAUUAUGGUGGUGGUGGUGGUGGUUAUUAUGGUGGUGGUGGUGGUUAUUAUGGUGGUGGUGGAUAUGGAGGCCCUCAAGGAGGAGGAGGCUAUAGAAGUGGUAGAGGAGGAGGCAGCUACCGCAGCAGAUCUCCAAGCAGAAAUAGAGGAGGGGGCUAUUACCGUUCUCGUAGCCGUUCUGCUGAUUAUUGGAGAGGAGGAGGAGGCGGGAGGAGUCGAUCCCCCAGCCCUGUACGCCGUGAUCGGUCGUAUAAUAGAUAUGCAUGCAGCGGGCAACAUCAGCAGCAACUGGUGGCUGGGGUGCUGCUGCUGUCUGGUGGCUGGUGGAUACUGUUGA